UAGUAAACCAACUUCAUACCCAAAUGGGAGUAUACUGAGCUACGAAUUAUUGACUAUUCUCCAUAUUCCGAUCGAGGACCCGCUGUUCCACCGCGGUCGUUCCGAUACCUAUUCUUUAGUGAUGGAACCUUCGUUUCCUCAGUUCCGCGAUCUACCUGCUGAGCUUCGUUGUAAGAUAUGGCGCAUGGCAAUACCACGACGAAUUGUCUCAGCAAGACUAAAACUGGAUUUGGAUGCGUGGAAUGCUGCGACAGAAACGGACUGGAUGCAAGUCCACUACAGGGUUGUUCCCGAUGACCGGAAAUCAUUUCUCAAUCCUGUAGCCCUGGUAAACCAUGAGGCGCGACAUGAAAUGACGAAGAAUUAUAAACCACUUCGGAUUAGUAGAAAAGCCGUGGAAAAGUCACUCGGGACGCGGAUAAUGGAUCUUGAUGCCUUUUGUGGUUCUUCUAGAAUCCCAUGGUUUAACCCGGAAUAUGAUGUCCUUGGGUGGACGGAGCCGAAGCGCUGGAGCACCGGUUGCAACGAACAGCCGUGUCCCUUGUUCUUAGCGGCGUGCUUGUCGGUCAGAUAUGUCGAGUUCAAACUUGAUGUUUCGAUGAAUACGCAACUAGAGAUAUUGGCGUUUGCUGUCCUGGAUCGGGAUCAACCACUCGAGACUCUAACUAUCAUCGUCAAAGAAGAUGGCCCUAGGUACAGAUUGACGAGACGUCCGCCUAACUCCAAGUUCUUGUGCGGGAAAUCGAGGAACGAUAUGAUACAUGUUCUAUCGCGAUCACCUGUCUCCCUUUUCCCGUGGUGCAACAUAGCAAAGGAUCCCACCCAAAAGCCACACCCUCUGGUUAAUCGAAUGUUGGUAGAAGUCUCGCGGCCAAAGCAGAAGCCUCUAGGAUUAAAAACACGAUUAGGCACACGAUUCGCCAUUUACGGAGUUUUUGAUCCAGAUCAUGAGGGAGCUGAGGAGUACGUCAAGGAGCAUUGGGAUGUUAUGAAGUGUCCGAAACAAUUUCAAUUAGCUGCAGGACUCGUCGAUCUGCACCUUGAACUUCCCGUAAGUCUGUCCCGAAAAUAGGUUGAGUAGUACUAAUGAGUAACACCACGUUGGUGGAAUAGGAGUUUAACCAGUCCGUUCAGUUAGAUAUUUUGUUAUGGCUCGAACGAUUAAGGAAAUAUCUCAAUCGCCCCUAUUAUGAAGGAAUCGCUCCUAUACAUGGGUUCUGCACACCUAAUUAUGGAUUGCCUGCGUAUCCGGGAUAGCGGGUGUUGAGCCUUGAAUGCUGGAUAUCAGCGGCAACUUGUAUACCAAAGAGUGUGGCAGAGCCAGGAUUUGAUGGCAGAAGUGUCACCGGAACAAUAUAUCGUGAGUGGCCCGUUGGAUAUUCGCAUUUCGUAUAGUUAGCGUCUAACAGGAAGGUCAGGGCGGUUUCUGGAAGUUUUGAUGUUACCUAAAUAAGACUGCUAGGGUAAAUGAUGGCUUUGAUCUAAAUGUGUUACGAAGUUAUGAUAUGAAUUUAUUUGUGAAGGAGCAUUGUAAGAAUUAAAUCGAGAUAGAGUAUAGAAAUAGGUACUUCUGGACAUCCGAAAACGGUGUUUAUAGGGCGGGUCCAUGCUAAUGAUGUCCACGCUACGCACCCGUACCCGCUAUAUUAGGUACCCGCGUUGUAACCUGGGGUACCUAGGUAAGCUC